ACAAACCUCUCAGAAGUUAAAGCGUACAGUCUAAGAGGCUCCACAUCAUGGCGAUUAUGGAUUAUUCACAUUUUUUCACAACCGUCCGUCCAGCGAAUGUUCAAUGAUGCGUCUGGAAUGCCGCUUUGGUAACUGCUAGAUACACACCGACAGUUUUUAGGGGGUGUCAGAGAGGCGCCGAGGUUACAUUUGUGAAACGGUGAAGAAGGUCAUGGGGAACUCAGAGAGCGUCUGGUGGGUCGUCGUGGAGUGCGCCUGCAGGAUUCUUGGUGUUUCUACGGCAACAGUGUUGUGUGCUGUGGGAGUGGAGACCAUACAUCACGGAGAGUUCAACAGCCUCGGCAUCUACUUAUUAGUGUCAUCUGUUGGUAUCAUGGUGUUUGAGCUGGCCUAUUUCCUGGAUACUCUUCUGUUCAUGUGUCUGCCCUGUCCCCCAGACUGGCAGCUGUUUCGGUUGUGGGGGAAGAUGGCUCGUAUCGGAGGCUUCCAUAAGUUCCUCUACUACUCCAUAAUGUCAGUGGUCUGCUUCCUGCACCCUGUGUUAGUGUGGCACGCAGUUAUCCCAGGGACAAUGCUUCUGGUGACAGCUUUCUUCAACUUCAUACUCAGCAAGAAAUCAAAGACCAACAAGUCUCCCAAAAGGCCGCAGGAGAGCCAGAGCGACCAAGGCCCGACCACUGUGUGUGUGACGGAAGCAGCAGACUCGGACAGCAAUUUCUCAUUCCUCCACAUGGCUCCGGGGAGGAGAGGAGGGGGACUGGCCCUCGCCACCAGGGACCGGUCCCUCGGCCCGGGGGAGAGAGGGGAGAGCGUCCAGGCCAUGCUGGAGCUGGAGCAGCAGACAGCAGCCACCGCAGACAGGGAGAGGAGGAGGUGGAGAGAGAGGAGGCUGAUAUGCUUCAGAGGCAGCAAGGAGGAGCCAGUGGAGAGAGAGAUGGAGGAGAUGGACUGCUACAACGAGCCAGACACCACCUCAGACACUGCGCCCAUGAUUACAGACUGAACGCCACACUGCGCUCAGACUGAGCUGCUUACUGCUAUCACACAAAGGAGAGGAUGAGCAGGGUGUUCAUCCUGACCGAGAGCAACCAGCUGGUGGCCAAAACAAGACUUUUGAGCAUUUUUGAGUGUUCACUUAAAAGGUUUUGUGUAUUUUAUGUAAUUCCUAAACUCAAUACCGAAGAUUAUUAGAUUUUUUUUUAUAAAAUGUCCUACUGAUUUUUGAAUUUUUUACUUAAAAAAAGAUCUAUUUGUACAUAAAGACAACAUUUACUGUAUGUGGAAUCUGCGUGUAUUUGCGUACAACUUGAUCUUCAGCUGUAUAAGUGGAGAGAAAUUAAACCAUUCCUGCCCACAUGUGCACAUGGGUGGCUUUUAGCGCGA